CCAUAAAAUAUACACCAUGUUGUGUAUGCAUUUGGGCUUUUUCCAACUCUAGAAGAAAAUAAACUCCUAUCAACAAGAAUUUAACGAAAACUUUCAGUCAACCAAGAUGCGUUUUUUAACAAUUUUCACGCUCAUAUUUGCCUCGUUUCUUGAUGUUGAUGGUUGGUGGGUGUGGGGCAAAGAAGGGAAUAACAAUGGAUGUUCUAAACGAGAUGGAGCUUAUCCGUAUUAUUUUGGCACGACUGACCUCUUGUGCGUCAUAAUGGAAAGUUUGAAAAGGGGAAAACGUAGUGCUCCUUCAAGAGGAACUUUGGAUUUGUCCCACCGUUUCAUUGAAUACAGAGGAAACUACUAUGAUUUUCUAUCCAAUUCCAAAGUGUCGAUCUCUAAAACACGACUAUGGGGAGAUUCAUGUAGCGGGAAAAAGGAAGCCUCCCCAGCCGGUUACAGCGAACUCAGUCCAGAGUGCAUUAAAGGUUGUGCCAGGAAUUACAAAUGUAAGUAUGGAAGUUACAACUUACUGACCAACAGCUGCCACCAUCUCGCUAACCGGUUGUCUAAGGUUUUGUGUAGAAGAGGUACAACAUGCCCUGACUGGUGCACGGGCAGCUGUAACGAUGUGGUAUAGUGAAAUGGGUGAUCAGUGAACAAAACAUAUUAUGAAAUCAAGAUGGGUACUACCUUUUGGUGUAUUCCAAUGCUUCAUAGAAAAACAAUAAUAAAAUGAUUAAUUCUAAUUGUCUUUUUGUAAAGAAUACGCUUUCAUCUCGUAAACUCGUGAUUUUUUAUUGUGCAUGUAAUACAUAUAGCACAUUGUUAUUUUCAUCAGACCUUUUCAUUUUAUCUCUUGAUUAUGAUGCACACAUUAUAAUAAAACCAUUCUGAUAAAGAAAUAGUCAAUUGAUACUGUUCACAGAGUGUUGUUCUAUUUAUCUAUAAAAAUCUAUGGCAACUAUUUAUUUCGGUUAUUGUUUCGUUAAAUUUUAAAGGUACAUGUAUAUCUAAUUUUGUGAAAUUCAUACAUUUGAGUGGGCUUGAGUACAAAGUAUGUCUUCAUUUAAAUUGUAAUUACUGGAAAAAAUACUAGUAUGUACAACAUUUAAUAUCAUUUAAUUGGUUUUAAACCGUUUAAUCUUCCAUUAAAAAUUGAUAUUCAUUAUUAAUGCUAUAAAAUGAUGUUGUAUUUAUCAGUUUCAGAAUAAACAGUUCAAUAAUUCU